CUUCUCUAAUUUGUUAAGAUAACCAGAUAAUAUCUUACUGGCAGUUAAAUUAACUAAGCUGCUAGUUAUCCAUCUGCUUCGCUCAUUAGUCGCAGUAGUUGAAGUGUAGCACAAAACGCUAGCAGCAUUAGCUAGCCGGCUAAUCCACACAUUUCUAUGCUAAGCUAAAUAAAGCACCGUAUAUUUAAAAGGUUCUGCAAACACAAUACAAUGGAUAAAACCGCACAAGACGACAUCAGACCACAAGCUGGGAUGGAGCUCACCUCACCACUCUCCCCUAAACGACCAAGAACAGAAUGUACAGCGACAAAUGACCACAGCUGGAGAAGCAGGUUUGACUUUUCAGAGCUUUUGACAUUCAGGAAAACUCCUAGCUCCCCGUCACCAGUGAGCACCCUGCAGAAGAACCAGGGCCUGAUUUACACAGCCCAACAUGUGGAUUUUCAAGAUGAGAAACAUGAUGAGCUACCACAAGACACUGAAUUAAAUGUCACUCCUGUUACUAAGACUUCACACAGUAACAGUGCACCCACAGCAUCUGAAGUGUGUUUUAUCACCACAGAGAGACAGAAAGACGAGCAGCCUCCAGUUACCAAAACAGACAAGCUCAGCUCAGACCCAGGAGAUGAUACAGGUGGGUCUUUAUACCCAGGAGAUGAUGCAGAUGGGUCUUCAGCAGAGUCUCCCGUUCUUCCUGAUUGCUCGUGGCUGGGGAAAUCACUGGAGGACAAGACCCCCGGUGGUUUCAGCCUCUCAGCUGGAAGUAAUGAAGAUGGGAGACAGAUGCAAAACCAUGUCAAUCAAACACAGGCAGCUACAUUUGCUUCAAAAAACGAGGAGGUCACAUAUCAGCCUGAUUGCACUUGUAGCGGUGCAGGUUUCUGUAGUACACGGAGCCAAAUUGCUGAAGUUGUAAAGUCUAAUCAGAGGAAGCUCGGAUUUAGUGUGGGUAUCCUUGUUAGUGAGGAAGAGGGUGACAGCCUCACAGCCUCCUCUAAUUAUGAAGACUCUAAACUGUUCCACUCAAACCCUGAAGAUGAUCACUCUGGGAACUCAUCAGAAGGUGGAGGAAAUGAAGGAAAUAAAUUAGACUUACAGAUCUGGGGGAAUGAAACUGUCUCAGUCUCUGAUGGGGAAACAAAAGGCCAAGUUAAUGAGAACGGCAUGAGAGAAACCGCCGCUCUUUCAGCCGCUGAAUUUGCUGAGGGAUCACUUUGUUCUUAUGAUGUGGUAUUAGACAGAAAUAUUGCAAUUGAGAAUGUGAGUCUUGAAACUGAUGACUUCUGCGAGGCAGAAGAAGAGCAUGCCGCUUGCGAGAUAAUAGCCGAAGCUCAGAGUGAAACGGCUGAUCACACAACAGAGACUCCAACGCCGGUUAGAAUCAGUGGAGAGGCUGCUGAAGGAGGUAAUGAUGCAGGCCCUUUGAGUGUCAUUGACCCUGCAAUCUGGAGCCAAACUGACAGGGAGGCUGAAGAGAAAUGCCGGAACUCAGAGAGCACUGCAGGUGUAGAAUUAUCUCUGUCGGUGGAAGACGGCCAGAUGCAAACGCCUCUCCCGCUCUGCUCUGACGUCACGCCGCCACAGAGGGUCUCAUCUCCCGACCAGGCUGAACAUUUUAAUCACCAGAGCGGAACACGACAGUGCAAAGAUGAAAACGAGGACUGGUGUCGGUCCUGCAGAGAACCACCGGCUUGUUCUGUCAAUGCCGACGAAACGCGCGACAACGCCGACAGUGAAGUCAACUGUCAGCAGAAAUCCUGUCCAAGCAGCGGUCCCACAAAGCCUCUUCCUGCUGGGGAUGAAGGAAUACAAGAAAGCCACGGUACUGAGGGACAGCGGUUGAAAGAGCAGAGUAAAUCCGACUGCUCUCCUGUCAGCCGUGGUCACCUGAAGACACAGGAGGUCAAAUAUGCACAGAGUGAAACUGAAAGGUGGGACGAGACGGUCGAGAUAGAAGUAAUUCUGUGUUUUAUAGCAGAAAUGGAAAGCGAUGAACAUGGGGAGUUAGAGGAAAAACUUCAAAACGAAAACAAGCAUGAGACACCUGAAAUACCCACCAGUGACAAGCAUGAACUUGUAAAUGAAGCAGGACACACGUCAGACCAGUGUUUGUCUGAUGUUCCCAUGAUGGAUGUGACAGAAGAGGAAGAGGACGGCAAAGACGAGACAAAUGCCGGAGAACAAAUGGAAACUGACGGGCAAGAAAACUCAUCUGAGGAAGACGCACAGCAACAACUGAAAGCAGAUGUUAGUGAAGCGUCUCCUGGUGAAGGAUUUGAGCUCAGUCAUUUCUCUGAUUGCGAACCCACAGCUGAAGAUAAAGAUCAUCUUCUGGCUUUCGUUUUACCUUCAACCACUGAUGCGGUUGUGCCGUGUCAGCAGGAUUUAAGCCAGUCACAAAACGUCCACCACUACAACCCCACAGCACUCAGCUGUAGUGACAGAUUCCCCCUGUUGCCAUCUGCCUUCCCUCUCUACAACCAUGUGCUGAGGGGUUUUGACACUUUUGAAAAGAUCCAACUCUCACCAGAUGAUGAUGCCGCCGGCCUGGGCAACAUCCCUGACCUCAUCAGCUCACCCAGACAGCUGCAGCAAUCACCACAACUACAAAUUCACCCCAGCACACCAGCAGAGGAGAGUGACAAGCCUGAGGAAGCACCAGAGGAGGAUGAAGAGGAGGAGGAGGAGGAAAGAUUUGAGUGUCACAUGGCAAAUGGAUUCAUAAGCAGUGAUCCCGCUUGUAAUGAACUUUCAAACUUUAUCUCGGCAGCAGAUGUCAUUGCUCUUGGACGGCCGGAGCAGCAGCCCGACUGUGACUCAGCCUCUGAUUCCUGCGAGAGCAUUCAGGAUGAAAUAAACCCUCAGGCAGCUUCUCCGGCUGUUUCCGCCGAGAGUGACGGUCCUGCCUCCGAUGUGAGCAAGUUUGAAAUGAAGGAACAGUUUGACUUGGUGCUGAAGGAGCUGAACUUGUUCUUUGAGAUCAGUAGAAAUGAUUUUGGGAGCGACAGCAGACCACCGUCACCAGAGCAGGGUGGUGAAAUAACUGAACCUGUGGAAGUCAAUGCAUCAAAAUGUAAAGAACGUCUCAGCAGCCCUGAACUGGGACACCACAGAGACACAUCAUCAGAUGUUGCUGAUGAAGACGGCGGCCUGGAGAUCUGUGGCGGUGAUCCAGGGGUUUCUGUUGUCAGCAGCGAUGGCGAACAAGAAGUGCCCCGAAGCAGAGCCAUGUGCAAGGAAACGUCUGUGGACAGAGAGCCGCUGGAGAUGCAGCGGAAAAUGAAAACGUGGUCUCCGUCCUUCAUGUGUUUUCCUCUCCUGGAACAACUGAGCCACGGACCACCAGCGCCGGCCAGGAGACUGGAGCCCCUGAAGACGUGCACACGACCGAUCCGGGUUGGACUUUCAAAGAGAGCCAAGACCAAACACCUGCACCGCCCCCACCCCUACAAAUGAAUCAAGGUGAACACACUCCUUGAAAAUUUCUUUAAUUCCAACGUUCAGGCUUUCUGACUCGUAUUGUUCAUGGUUUUCUUGUGCUCUGUGUUGGUUUUUGUGACUGUUUCUGGUUUCUAUAUGUUUAGCUUAAGCCACAGAAACCACAAAAUGUCCUUUUACACCUUCACACCUUCACAGUGUCCGCUCUAACUCACCUGUGUAUCUCGGGUGCAGCAGUUCGGGAAUAAGUGGCACCUUGACACUUUUGUUCAGGUUUCAAACAUAUUUCUUAAAUAUUUAUUCAAGUAUUUAUUCAUAUGCAGUUAAUUAUUUGCUUGAUUCUAGGCAUGACUAUGGUUUUAGAAGUGUCUCCAUACUAUUUAUAUUUACAUGGUGUAAAACGAUUCACUUAUUAUUCACAUUUGUUCUAUAUAAUUGCUGCUACAUGUUUUACUGUAGGUGUAUUGUUACAGCGUGCUCACUGUUCCUGCUAUGUGUGGGCAUGUUCAGUUUAUGUGUUUACCAUUAAACGGGUUCAUAUGUACGCAGCAUGUCCUUGAGCAUUUCUGUGGGAGGUGAGCUGCGGUUGAAUUUUAAUACGGCCUGUUUGCCCACGAAUUAAAUAAUAUGAUUCUAUCAAAAAUGUGUUUUUCAUGUGUACACUCAGCAUGGCAGCAUCUCGAGG